CAACUCGUUCCGUACCUUCUCCUACCCUAGGCCGUCAACAUCGUCAAAUCACGGACGCGACCGACGUCUGACUGAAAUGAGUAAUCAGCCAAUCAUGCACUCAAACAGACCAAGAUACAAAUGCACACCACGAUCUUCGCCGACCAAAUUCGAAAUAUCGCGGAGGAAAAGGUCCUUAAUUACGCUACUUCUUGGCCGUGGAUGAUGCGCUUGUAGUGGUUGCUGUCGUGUCGAAUGGGUAAAUAUGACGCCGUGAUGCGCGACGCGGCGGAAUUGCAGUCCCUGACAUCAUGCACUAAGAAUCUUGGCUAUCCGGGGCCAAGACUAUUUGUAUGAGCUUAUUUCCAGUUUUCGUAUUUACUGCGGAAAUGAUAUAUUUGUUUCUUAUUGAGCAAGAAUUCCUGCAAUAUGGAUCAAAAUGCACAGCAAACGAGGCAUAUUGCUGCCAAUCUUGAGCACGGUGCUGAUGGCAGCACGACCCUUCAUACGAGUGUUCAACAUGAGACUUUGCAUCAUGAUGCAGUCGAGAAAGUGCACGAGGCCCAUGAUGUUACCGCCAAUUCAGCAGAAGUUCAAGAUGUUGGCUGGGAUGAUGAUCAGAUACGACCCGAGGACUAUGCUAUCGACGGCAUAAAGAACGAAGAUAUCUGGCUUCUCGUCCGAAGGUUCAAUAAACGCGUUUUCCAUCUCAAAUAUGCCCCAGAUCACCCAGAUGAUGAGUUGGAUUUCAACGUUGCUGAGGAGGAGCAAUUCUCUCCAAACAAACUGCGUGCACAGCUCGAGAGACUUUAUAUGGGGGCUAUACUUGGCUUUAUCAUGUUUAGACAACACCUCUCGAGACUCCAGUCCUGGAGGGAACCAAGACGAACAUCAUGUUUUUGUCUAGUUUAUCUCGCUGCGUGGUAUUUCAACUUCCUUAUGCCAACACUGUUGACAGGUUUGAUGGCCAUCCUGCUCUCUCCCAGAAUUCGAAAUACCUUAUUCCCGCCUUGCCCACCUGCGCUAGUCCAUUAUCAAGGCGGCCAUUUGAUAAAGCCGCCCGCGGGUAUUCUAGGAACGGUCGAUACAGCUACAGGCGCUCCAGAGAGCCUCAAGGGUGAAACCCUGGAGAGAGAAGCCAGCAACUUUGCAACAGGCAUUGUGGCUCUGUCCAUCAAUACCUUCGUCGACAAAGAUCCUCAGCACGAUGAGUCACAAAGAGGAGGUGGAAAGACUGUUAAUCUUCCGGAUCCAAGAUCGUUAGCGACUAGGAUAGCGACUGCGAAGGAUAAAGCAGCUGGAAUCGAGAAACCGUCUUGGGACAAGAGCAAAUCGCCUAUGCAGGAGCUUAUGUGGAGUCAGAUGAGACCCUUGAUGCAUUGGGUAUGUCGCUUCUGCGAUAUGUGGGAAAGGAGUGCAAAUCUCCUUGAUCCAACUGCACCUUUUCCGAGAGAUACUGCCCGCUAUCGAAUCGUGCAACUACUUCUCCCGAUUAUUAUACUAUCAACUUUCACGCCCUGUUACAUAUUCUAUAGAAUUGUUACCUUGGGUAUUGGGGUUGGGUUCUUUGGUAGCAUCUUCUUGAGAAACUCUUAUGGUUGGCUAAAGCAUACUGUGGAAAGAAUUGUGUUCCGGGGAAUACCGACGGAUUCCCAAUUGACUAUAGCCCUUUUACGACAUGGUGAACGAAACAAGGCCCCUCUGCCACCACCUCCCGAACCAAAAGGUCCACCUCUUGACGAACCUCACGUUCUUGAUGACGAUGUCCUCAGUGCAUCUAAUGGCGACCGUCCAGUGGGAGCGUCACAUGAAAAGAUUCAAAAAGCUGUUCAGGAAUCCCCUGGAGUCGUCCGAGAUACCGGCGGUGAUGACCAUGAGUACCCUGACCAUGAGACCGGUGGGAAAAGACGCGGCAAGCUCUUAGGCAUCGUCAAACCUGUUGCUCAUGCAGCAGCAAAGACUGUCAUAGGUGUUAACAAAAUCCGAGCAAAGACUGGAACACUAUCUGCUAAGAACCGUGUUGGAGCGGCAUCGACAAGGGAAAAGCCGUCAAUUGCCGGACCGGUCGAGUUCACAUGUCGCUGGCAGGGAGAAAAGGGGUAUGUGUAUAUCACAUCCGAUACUUCAUCCCCUUGUCUGUGUUUUUCUAGAAGAUCUACGGGAGAUUCGGAUGGUUCUGACUAUCAUGAGGUUCACCCUACAUGGACAAUCCCUGUCAAGGACAUCACUACACUGAACAAGUAUUCCGGGUAUGGGGCCAAAGCGAAACUUCUUGCUGGAUGGGCGUUGGAAGCUGAGAUUAUGGAUGGCUUGGAGAUAGUUGAUAGUGGAGGGAAGUCUACGUUGACCACAGCAAUGGCUCGUAGAGAUCAGCUAUUCAAUCGGCUUUGUGCUAUUGGUGAUCAGAAAUGGGAAAUCUGGUAGCCUACCUCAUCAAGCUGAAUUCGAAAGAAACAUUGCCAUCCGCGCCCGCUUGGCAUUUUUAAGCGAACGCCGAUUGAUGUUUCUCAGCCUUGUCAAUUGACUUGGCGGAUUUCCAGUCCAACACAGCCACGUGAGGCAGAUUUGCGAACCACUC